GUUCUCGCGAUACUGGCCGGCCCCUGUUCCGAGCUCCUGGCUCCCGCUAGGCCCCUCCCCUCCACCUCAGCCCCUGUGUCGUCAUUUCCUGUGGGUCUACAAGCAAAGGGAGAAGAUGGCGGCGCUGGGGGAACCUGUGCGACUGGAGAGGGAUAUUUGUAGAGCAAUUGAAUUGUUGGAAAAACUGCAAAGGAGUGGAGAGGUACCGCCACAGAAACUGCAGGCUUUACAAAGAGUCCUUCAAAGUGAAUUCUGCAAUGCUGUAAGAGAGGUAUAUGAACAUGUUUACGAGACUGUGGACAUCAGUAGCAGUCCUGAAGUGAGAGCUAAUGCGACUGCAAAGGCUACUGUUGCUGCAUUUGCUGCCAGUGAAGGACAUUCUCAUCCUCGAGUUGUUGAGCUCCCAAAAACAGAAGAAGGCCUUGGAUUCAAUAUUAUGGGAGGCAAAGAACAAAACUCUCCAAUCUAUAUAUCCCGAAUAAUUCCAGGUGGAAUUGCUGAUAGACACGGGGGUCUCAAGCGAGGAGAUCAACUCCUUUCUGUUAAUGGAGUGAGUGUUGAAGGAGAACAUCAUGAAAAAGCUGUAGAACUGCUGAAAGCAGCUCAAGGAAAGGUUAAAUUAGUAGUACGGUACACACCCAAGGUCUUGGAAGAAAUGGAGUCACGCUUUGAAAAAAUGAGAUCAGCAAAACGCAGGCAACAGACCUAAAACUUUACACUCCAUUUUGCUUUUAGAUAGAGAAGUUUUACUUGUGACCUACUGAUGGCCGCAAUGCCAAUGAUUGUAAAAAAAAAAACAAAAACACUUCCCGUGAAAUCCUCCUUGCCAUUUUAUAAAUGCCUAUUUUAACAUCAUUUAUGGUUCCAGAGAUGCAUACACUUUUUUCUGACAAGAAAAAGUAAAAAGGUGAUGAGGGCAAUUCCGUCCUGCUGUUUUUACAGGCCUUUUUCAACAAAUGCAGAUUUUGUCAUAAAGUUGUUAUAGAUUUUUAAAAAUGCUUUUUUAAUAUUAAAAUGUACUUUUACAUUCUUAACCUUUUUUUAGGGAAAAAAAGUUUUCUUUAUUUGGCUGCUUAUUUAAAAAUAACAGUUCUCCAUUCUUUUCUUUGCUUUUUUUUUCACCUGUAACAUUUCUUUAUGGUUUUCCAAGAAAUUAAACAUAACAGUCUCAGCUACAGCAGUUUAUUACACUAUCAAUGUUAACAUUGAUGUGUUUUGUAUUUGGAACACACACAUAAUAUAUAUUAUCAAUGGUAAAUUAUAACUCAGCACAGUGGAAGUUUUUUACUUUUAUUUAAACAUAAUAUAUAAUGAAUAUUCAUUUAUACUGAUUUAUAAAAGUUUUUAAACACUGAUACAAUCAUUGCUAAAAUAUGUAUUCUUUCAUAAUAUUUGAGUAGUGAGGCAAGAGAAUGUAAUUUGAUUGUUAGCAAUACUGAUAACAUCUUUCUAUUUAUAGUCAACAAUAUAUCAUAAAUUACAAAUGCAAAAAGAGGUUUAGUUUUCAUCUUUUGCAAAUUUUUUUAAUGCUAUUCAUUUUUAUUUAAAUAUAUUUCUUAUAUUUUCAUCGUUCCAUUUCUAGAGAUGAGCCAGUUAAUAAGCCAGUGGUGGGAAAUAGCAAAGAAGAAAAAGUAAUACCUUUAACCUCACUAGGCUAAAGAGUUACACACACUUAAGUAGCUCAAUUUAAAGACUUGAUAUUAAAUAGGAAAAAGAUAGAAGGGUAUAUUUAAGAUAUAUAGAAAUCAUGAGGUGAUACAUUCAUAAGAAUCUGCAGACGCUUUGUCAAAAUGAGUAAGAACUCAUUCACUAGUUGGAUUUAGAGAUGUGAUCUUUAUGAUUCAGUUAUAAUGAUGGGAAUUCUGAGAUACUUUGAUUUGUCCACUGGAUGUCACUGUUUUACUGAAAGGCAGCUAUUAGUGGAUGACGGUGACUGAGGUCUUUUUAAAGGCAGAAAUUAAAGAGGUAAGGUUCAUUUUCAGACACAACUUACAGGAACAUUUGUCAGGCUUUUAAAAAUUUUAAGUGACAGGUGCUAGAAAGAAAAUAAUGGAUUGAAAUACAUAAGGAAUUUACAAUAAUUAUCAACCCUGUGUAAAGAGUGGGCAUUUUGUGACAUUCCUUCAGGAAGAAUGGAAAUGUGUAUCUUUUUCUGCAUGUUUGUGAGCACUGUGAGUCUUAAAAGAUUAUUCCAGUUUCCAAUGAUUUUCAGAAUAAAAGUCAGCAUUGUUAUUUAUCUUUUAGGUAUUGAACACUGGAUUGCAUGGUUGAAUGUGUCUUCAGUCCACUACAAAAUGUGCUUGUUAUUGAUAGGAUCAUGUUAUUAAAUUGUAUAUUUCCAAAUUAAUUGAUGUUUUAAAAAUGUUGAGACCAAAGUAGUGUAGAAGAGUUACAGACUUAAUUUAAUUGUAAAAUAAUUAGAGGUAUUUGUUGUAGAGCUUUAUAUAUUAAAGAGCGGUAUCGGUGCAUAUAAAAACAGUAAUAUUAUUGUUAUGCUUGUAUCCUUGCAUUACAUGGUAACUAAACCCUGAAGAAAUCUUAGUAUUACUACAGCUGCAGUAGCUUUUAAGGGUGUGUCAACAUUUCAUUAUAAAUUAUAGCUUCCUGGUUCAGUAUCUCAGCUGUUUCAGAACUUUCAGCCAAGUUAAACCUUUCUUGGUGUUGAAACUUAGUAAGUUGAGUAAGCUAUUUUUUGUUUCUU